AUGCCGGAGACCUCCCCAGCUUUGCUGUGGACCGGGAAGGUUGGCGAUGCGUCUGCGUUCCGUGUCUGGGGAUCUCGGGCGUUUGUCCGCGACUUGUCUGCGGAAAAUAUGUCCCCUCGUGCUACUCCUUGCGUCUUCCUUGGCUUCCCCCCUGACGCGCCUGGGUGGCAGUUCUACCACCCCACCUCUUGCCGUGUUCUGUCCUCCCAGGACGUCACGUUUAACGAGUCGGUCCCCUACUACCGCCUCUUCCCCUACCGCACUCCGUCCCUCCCCCCGCCUCCGCUCUUCCUUGUGCCAGGUCCCGCCCCGGUAGACCCCCUCCCCCCUCAGGGUCCUGCCCCUUCAGGUGUGUCCCAGGUAGACGCAAUCGAGCCUGUCGAGGUUGCUGGUGACUCUGGUGCUGCUGAGGGUGCUGAGCCUGGGGGUGCUGACUCUGGGGGUGCUGAGCGUUGUGGCCUGAGGGUGCUACUACUGGGGGUUCUGAGCCUGGAGGUGCUGAGCCUGGGGGUGCUACGCCUGGGGGUGCUAAGCCUUGGUGUGCUACGACUGGGGGUGCUGAGCGUGGGGGUGCUACGCCUGGAGGUGCUGAGCCUGGGGGUGCGGAGCCUGAGGGAGCUGGGCCUGCUGUGUCGCGUCUGGCGGUACUGUGCCUGGAGGUCUCCGGGUGCUUCGUCUCGGCGGGAGCCACUCUCUCCACAGGAGCUGCGUGGGAGUGGUUUGCCCGGCGCUGGAGGCGUGCUGCUGGAGCUUGAGGUUCUUCGACUACUGAGGGUGCUGGUGUCGCGGGUCCCGGAGGUGCUCGUACUAGGAGUACUGGAGCUGCUGGGCCUGCGGGUACGACUGGAGCUGGAGCUGCUGAGGGUGUUGGCGCUGAGGCUACCGCUGUCGGUCCUGGAGGCGGUCCUGCUGGGGGUGCUACUGGUGCUGCUGGAGGUCCUGGAGCUACUGGAGCUGCUGGGGGUGCUGGAGCUGGAGGUGCUGCUGGCACUGGUGCUACCACUGGGGGUACUGGUGCUGUCCCUGCUGUCUCUGGAGUCGCCGCGCGGCCUCGGCCCGUACUUCGUUCCGCUCCCUUCAGCAGGUUCUUGGUCUCCCGCCUUCUACUGGUCCUCCUCCUCCCUUAGAGUGUCCACAGCCUGUCCCGUCAUAGUUACAGUUACAGCGGCCUCCCCACUGCCUCCUCCUUCUCCCUACACUGGUCCUACUGGAGGUCUUGCUGAGCGUCGUGAGCCUGCGUUUCGCCCUGCGUCGCCUAUCUGUCCUGCUCGCACUAGUGGUCGUGGUUCGCGUCAGCGACCUCCUCCUGUCCCUGGCACGCAUCGGAUGUCUCUGUGUCCGUCCACUACUCCUCUACGUGCCCCUUUGCCUUCUCCUCCUGAGUCCUCUCUUCCUGCUCUUGCCGACCCGGAGUCGGACUCUCUUCGUGCUGCCAGUCCUACUGUCACGCGUCUCCUUGCUACUCUCAAACACUGA